AUGUACCGUCUAAUCACCUUUCUGUCCGUCAUCUGUUUCGCCGAGGGCGUCCAGGUCUACGACCCGCUACGACCCUGGUGGAACGCUCCGUCCCCCGACAGCCAACGCAUUGUGGGGGGUUUCGAGAUUGACAUUCUGGAAGCUCCGUUCCAGGUAUCUCUUCAACGAGGCGGACACUUCUGCGGUGGAUCCAUCAUCAGUCAACGCUGGAUUCUAACGGCAGCGCACUGUGCUGAUAAGCAUGACGCUCCUUGGCUUCAGGUUCGCAUUGGAUCCGUCCGUCAUGCAUCCGGAGGUCAACUGGUCGAGGUCAAGCGUGUCAUCCAGCAUCCCAAGUACAACGACAAUACCAUCGAUUACGACUUCACCCUGCUUGAGCUGGCUAAAUCUGUUCAACUGAGUGAGGAGUUCUACGCCGUUGACUUGCCGGAACAGGACGAACCCGUCGAGGACGGUCAGCUGCUGCAGGUGUCCGGCUGGGGUGAUACCCAGAACGUCCAGGAAUCUGGAGAGAUAUUGCGUGCGACCAACGUUCCGGCCGUGAAUCAAGAAGAGUGUAGUUCAGCGUACCAAGGCUCGUAUAAGAUCACCGAGCGGAUGAUCUGCGCUGGGUAUCAAGCUGGUGGCAAGGACGCUUGCCAAGGUGAUUCCGGUGGACCGCUGGUACAAGGAAGGACUCUGGUUGGGGUGGUAUCGUGGGGUAGAGGAUGUGCCAAGCCGGGAUAUCCGGGCGUUUACUCUCGUGUGGCUGCGGUGCGUGAUUGGAUCAAAAAGACUGCAAAGGUUUAAAUCUUGAUCUUUGUGAACACCAAAAUACAAUACUUACCAAAAUAAAGAACUGAAAACAUCGUUAUCAUAAAUCUACUUUUAACUCGAUCAUCUUGA